CUCAGCACAUCCAAUUCAGUCUAGCUGCAAUAGAAAUCAAGCUGGGUCAAUCUUCGGAUCAAUUCUCCUUUUGAAUGAGAGGGGUUAGGCUUGAGAAAUGAAGGACACAUCGUGAAUGUACCGGUACACUUGGAACUAGAAUGGAUUUGAACAUCAUGCUAACAAUAUUGGCAUGGAAGCGCUUCUCAUGCGGGCUGACCGUGGGUUGAGGUCUCAAUAGGUCUCCAGCGGCAUAGGAGGCACGCAUGGGGCUUGUUACGCUUAUAUUACGCUGUGGUGGCCGCCUUCGAACCCAUCCAGUACCAAGUCAACGUCCUCUUUUGAAUACUUGCGAUGGGAGACGCUCCUACCGAAGUCGGCCAGCAGCAGCAGGGCCAUUUCCUGUUCUUCUCCUGGUUGGGAUGGGGGCAUAUUCGAGCUGAGAGCGCGUUUGGUGUUACCGUAGCUCGCAAAUUUCCACGCUUAACUAUAACCCGUAUUACCCAAAUCACAUAUACGGAAAAGAUCAAAAGCGAACUGUACAGACAAUGCACCGAGGAAGAACGCGAGACCAUCCUUCCUCGGAUCCGGGUUGUCGGUUUGGGAAAACCGUUGCAGCAUGGCCCGUCGCACGAGCAGCAUGUCGAGAUGAUGAAGGCGGACAACUUUGGGGGCCGGAUCACCGGUGUGCUCGAGUCGAUCAUGCAUGAUCGUGAGUUCACGGACGAUGCGGGCGUGGUUAUCCCCCCGGUGGGAGGUACCCCUGGACUGAUGAUCAGCGAUAUCCUCAUGGGCGAAGUCGCCUUGCCCGCUAUGGAGACUUACAAAAUCCCGACGAUGGUAUGGUUCUUUGGGUCCUGCGCAACGUCCUUGACACGCUUUAUUGCUCCCCGUGCAUAUGGGGGCCAGAUGGAAUGGGAAGACGAAGUCGAGGCGGCGUUUGCCAAUCCAGACAUUGCCAAAGGGCGGUCGAUCGUCGAUAUCUCUUACGAGUACGCCGAGCAUACCCCGCAUUGGGGUGACGUAGUGCAUGUGCGUGGACUGGAGGACACCUACCAGUGGGAGAACCACCCGCAGAAGCUCUGGCCGCACAUGACCUGGGACCUCCGUCGCACCCUCGUCAAGCUAUACCACUCUGUGCAGGGGAUAAUCGUGCGCACCACGCGGCUUCUGGAACCUGAAGGACUAGCGGGACUCGAAGAGUUCUAUUGCACAAACAAAGACCGAGUUGUCAUAGCCACGGGCCCCCUACUCCCAGCACACUACUUCGAGCUCCCCACCGCCCACCUAUCCUCCUUCAGCGGGCUAGAAGUAUCCUACAUCCACCCCGCCUCUAGCACAGGGGACAGCUCCCCCCCAGCGGCCCGGGAACAAGAUCCCUGCCUGACGUUCCUCGAUAUCGUUCUCCGGGAACACGGCCCCCAGAGCUCGAUCUUCAUUUCCUUCGGGACGAUUCAUACUCCUUCCGUGCCGCGGGCUUACCUCGAGGUCCUAGUCGACAUCCUCCUCUCUCUGGAAAACUCGAUGCCUUUCAUACUGAGCAUGGCUUCCCCCGACCUACUCUCUUCGCUUCUCCCCCCUUCUCUGCUAGAGCGGGUAGAAACAAGUGGGAGGGGGAUGAUAGUCCAAUGGGCUCCGCAGCAAGCGAUCUUCGCCCACCCCGCACUAGGUUGGGUCCUUACCCACGGAGGGGGUAACACCACCCUAGAAGCGCUAGGUAAAGGCCUGCCAAUGAUCUGCUGGCCGAUAUGGGGCGAUCAACCUGUGAACUGUCUUUGGGUCAGCAGGACGUUGAGAGCGGGGUUCGAGCUGCUUGAGAUCCGUACUGCCGGGGCAGGGCGGCGCGCGUGGAGGAGGGGCGAAGAAGGGCAGGAGAUCGAGGGGAGUUUGGAGAGUGUGAGAAGGGAGAUGGAACGGGUUUUUAGGCUGGCGAAGGGGGAGGAAGGGGCUGUGAGGAGGAGGAACGCCCGACGGGCUAGGGAGAUGUUGGUCAGGAGCGUACAGCAGGGGGGGGACGUGGAUGUGGAACUUGAGAAACUGGCGAGGUACUUCUAA